AUGGCGAGCCCUCAGGAACGGCCUACGCCUGCACAUACAGAGAGUGUAUAUGAUCCGUCCACUGGCACAUAUCUCGACUACCGUGGCGACCACGCCCCACAGCAAGAAGUUCCAUCGAGCAUCGUAACAGAUGUUCCCCCGGCUGUUAUAACGAAUAAUCCGGCGGCUGUUGCAACUGACCUUCCAUCUUCUUCCAGCAACAGCACCGCAGUGCCUUCGCCCACCGGCUCCCAGUCAGAGGAAGAGAAGGAAGACCAAGAGACGGAGAAAGUGGCAGCCGGCCCAUCAGGAUACGAAGGCGUCGAAGAAAUAGAAAGAAACUCGGAGUAUGAGGACGAGAAGGUGGAAGAAGGCGGGUACAUGCCGAUCAAAACAGGAGCUAGCCAGCCGCAACGGCCUCCUCUGGAGUCCAGGCGAUCCGAUGGAAAGCCGGUGACGGAAGAGGAUCUGUUCAGAGUACUAUCCAGACGAAGAACCAGCCAGCUAAGCCGACAAAACUCUACCGCGUCCGCGGCCACGGAACACGACGAGGCGAAAGAUGAAAUCGAUGAGUUGAUGUCUCGUAUGUUCGGCAACACGAGGCGAGCACAUUCAGAGGAAGAGAAGACGAGACACGUCGGUGUUAUCUUCAAACAUCUUACCGUCAAGGGCAUGGGCCUUGGUGCCGCACUCCAGCCCACCACGGGAGAUAUAUUCAUGGGCUUGCCUCGGUUCCUGAAAGCCCUAUUCUCAAAAGGACCGAAGCAAGCGCGCGGCAAGCCUCCAGUCCGCACCAUCAUUGACGAUUUCUCUGGAUGCAUCAAGCCGGGUGAAAUGGUACUCGUACUUGGCCGACCAGGCGCGGGAUGUUCUACGUUCCUCAAGGUCAUCGGCAACCAAAGAUUUGGCUACGAAGACAUCGAAGGCCAAGUCACAUACGGCGGCGAAGACGCCAAAGUCAUGGCCAAACGAUUUCGAGGCGAAGUUCUUUAUAAUCCUGAAGACGAUCUUCACUACGCCACUUUGAAAGUUAAGGAGACGCUGAAGUUCGCCAUCAAGACCAGAACGCCUGGCAAAGACUCUCGCCGAGAAGGGGAGAGCCGCAACGACUACGUCAACGAAUUCCUUCGCGUCGUCUCAAAGCUGUUCUGGAUUGAACACACCAUGAACACGAAAGUAGGCAAUGAAUUCGUACGCGGUGUUUCUGGCGGUGAGAAGAAGCGUGUCAGUAUCGCGGAAGCUAUGAUCACGAAAGCUUCGACGCAGUGCUGGGAUAACUCGACUCGCGGCCUCGAUGCCAGCACGGCUCUUGAGUACGUCCAGAGUGUGAGAUCACUCACAAACAUGGCCCAUAUCUCCACCGCUGUCGCCCUCUACCAGGCCGGCGAGAGUCUGUACGACCUUUUCGACAAGGUCAUCCUGAUAGAAGACGGGAAAUGCUGCUACUUCGGGCCUACAGAUGACGCUGUGAAGUAUUUCAAGAACCUCGGAUUCGUGCAGCCUGAGCGAUGGACCAGCGCAGAUUUUCUGACCUCAGUCACUGAUGAACAUGAGCGGCACGUCAAGGAAGGCUGGGAAGAUCGGAUACCGCGAUCAGGAGCCCAAUUCGGAGAGGUCUUUGCCAAAAGUGAGCGACACAAGUUGAACAUGCAAGAAAUUGAAGAGUUCGAGCAAGAAACUCAGCGACAGGCUGAGGAGCGCAGGGCUGCCAUGACGAAGGCUACGAGGAAGAAGAACUUCACGCUACCCUUCCACGCACAGGUCAUCGCUUGCACUAAGCGACAGUUUCUCGUCAUGAUUGGCGACAAGCUGUCUCUCGGUGGUAAGUGGGGAGGAAUCCUCUUCCAAGCCUUGAUCGUGGGCAGCUUGUUCUACAACAUGCCAGCAACCAGCUCGGGCGUCUUUACCCGCGGCGGUGUCAUCUUCUUCAUGUUACUCUUCAAUGCCCUUCUCGCCUUGGCCGAACUCACAUCAGCAUUCGAAAGCCGUCCGAUCCUUCUGAAGCAUAAGAGCUUUUCCUUCUACCGACCGGCCGCCUAUGCGAUUGCGCAAACGGUUGUCGACGUACCGUUGGUCUUCAUACAAGUCUUAAUCUUUGACGUCGUCGUGUAUUUCAUGACGAAUCUCGCGAGGACACCAUCUCAAUUCUUCAUAAGUCUGUUGUUCCUCUUCAUUCUCACUAUGACCAUGUAUGCCUUCUUCCGCGCGGUUGGUGCGCUGGUCGCAUCUCUCGAUAUAGCCACACGGAUAACGGGUGUAGCCAUCCAGGCACUAGUCGUCUACACCGGUUAUCUGAUUCCUCCGCGGAAGAUGCAUCCUUGGUUCUCAUGGCUGCGAUGGGUCAACCCGGUCCAGUACGCCUUCGAAGGCCUCAUGGCGAACGAGUUUUCCGGUUUGGAGAUUGCCUGCGAGCCGCCAUAUAUCGUACCCCAGGGAGGCCCCGGCGCCGGACCACAGUACCAGUCCUGUGCUAUCCAAGGCAGCCAACCAGGCUCGCUUAUCGUCCAAGGCGACGACUACAUCCAGGUUGCAUUUAACUACAGCCGGUCCCACCUAUGGCGCAACUUCGGCAUCAUGUGUGCAUUCUUCAUCUUCUUUGUCUGUCUCACCGCCGUUGGUAUGGAGUUGCAGAAGCCAAACAAGGGCGGCGGUGCCGUCACGAUCUUCAAGCGGGGCCAAGCACCCAAGUCAGUAGAGGCCGCCAUUGAAAACGGAGAUAAGCCACAAGACGAAGAAGCCGGCAAGGUGCAGGCAGCCGCUGCGGACUCCAAGGAUGAGAGCGGUAGCUCCGGCGAUGACACCACCAAAGGAGUUGCGAAGAACGAAGUUAUCUUCACGUGGCAGAACGUUAAUUACACUAUUCCAUAUGAGAAAGGCGAGCGGAAACUGCUGCAGGAUGUCUCCGGUUACGUUAAGCCGGGCAAGCUAACUGCCUUGAUGGGCGCCUCAGGCGCUGGCAAGACCACGCUUCUUAACACCCUCGCGCAGCGCAUCAAUUUUGGUGUCGUUCAAGGCGACUUCUUGGUGGAUGGCAAGCCGCUCCCGAAGUCUUUCCAAAGGUCCAGUGGCUUUGCCGAACAGAUGGAUGUCCAUGAGCCUACAGCAACAGUCCGUGAGGCUCUCAGAUUCUCUGCCAAGCUGCGUCAGCCCAAAGAAGUCCCACUACAAGAGAAGUAUGACUACUGUGAAAAGAUCAUCGACCUCCUUGAAAUGAGAGAGAUCGCAGGUGCCGCCAUUGGCAAGACUGGCGAAGGUCUCAACCAAGAACAGCGUAAACGUCUGACUAUUGGUGUCGAGCUCGCCAGUAAACCUGAUCUGCUCUUGUUCCUGGACGAACCGACAUCUGGUCUAGACUCCGCCGCCGCGUUCAACAUCGUUCGUUUCUUGCGCAAGCUUGCCGAAGCCGGCCAAGCGAUCCUCUGCACCAUCCAUCAGCCCAGCGCCGUCCUCUUCGAACACUUCGACAUGCUUCUGUUGCUGAAGAGUGGUGGUCGGGUUGUGUACUUUGGCGAGUUAGGUCAUGACAGCCGCAACCUCAUCGACUAUCUCGAGAGCAACGGGGCGCACAAGUGCCCGCCGAAAACCAAUCCUGCCGAAUAUAUGUUGGAAGCGAUCGGUGCUGGCAAUCCCGACUAUAAGGGCAAGGACUGGGGUGAUGUAUGGGCCAGCUCUAAGGAGUCGCAAGAACGCAGCAAGGAGAUCCAGCAUUACAUCAGCGAACGACGUAACGCAGAAAAGCCGAAGGCGCUCAAGGACGAUCGCGAGUACGCUAUGCCGCUCAGUACGCAAGUAUACACUGUUGUCUACCGUGGCUUCGUCGCCAUGUGGAGAAGCCCGGACUAUGUCGUGGGCAUGUUCAUGCUCCACAUAUUCACCGGUCUCUUCAACUCAUUCACCUUCUGGCACCUGGGCAACAGUCAAAUCGACAUGCAAUCGCGGCUUUUCAGCGUGUUCAUGACGCUGACAAUCUCGCCGCCUCUCAUUCAACAGCUGCAGCCGCGCUACCUCGACCUCCGGUCAAUCUUCCAGUCGCGUGAAACCAACUCCAAGAUCUACAGCUGGAUCGCCUUCGUCACCUCAACCAUCGUGACCGAGAUACCGUACCGCCUUGUCGCCGGAACAAUCUACUGGUGCUGCUGGUACUGGCCGACCUGGUUCCCACGCGACACCUACACCUCCGCCAGCAUGUGGCUCUUCAUGAUGGCCUUCGAGCUCUUCUACCUCGGCUUCGGCCAGUUCAUCGCCGCGUUCUCGCCCAACGAGCUCCUCGCCUCCCUCUUCGUCCCGCUCUUCUUCCUCUUCGUCGUCUCCUUCUGCGGCGUCGUCGUCCCCUACGCCGCCCUCCCAGCCUUCUGGCAGAGCUGGAUGUACUGGCUCACGCCUUUCACCUACCUGCUGGAAGGCAUGCUGGCGCUGCUCGUGCACAACCAGCCCAUCGAGUGCGACCCGCUGGAACUGGCCUACUUCGCGGCGCCACCAGGCCAGACUUGCGAGAGCUACGCUGGCGCGUUCGCGCAGCAGUCCGGCGGCUACGUCAGGACGCAGCCGGAUGGCCAGUGUGGCUUCUGUCAAUAUGCGUCUGGCGACGCGUUCGCGGCGAGCUUCAACGUCCAGUAUAGUAAUGUUUGGCGCGAUUUCGGUAUCUUCUGGGCGUACAUCUUCUUCCAGUUUGCGGCUGUGUACUUCUUCAGUUGGCUUUAUCUACAGGGUGCGAGGAAGAUCAAGAAUUUCUUUAGCCCGACGGCGAGGAAGCACAAGAAGGAGAUGCGCAAGCAUCAGCAGGAGCUGGGAGAGAACAAGGCGUAA